ACCAAGCAGGAGCAGGACCUCAGCAUUUGUACCUUUUAUUACAAAUGGAGAAACAUGAAGAUGUUCAAUACUGUUUUCAAGAUGGAAACUCUUCUUGCAGAAAGGCUUUGCUAUCGACAUCUAUCUACAUAACACUGUACAUCUUCUUCUCAUUGAUUUCAGCAGUUACAGUAUUUUUGAACCUACUGGUGAUCAUCUCCAUCUCUCACUUCAAGCAGCUCCACACUCCAACCAACCUGCUCCUCCUCUCUCUGGCUGUGUCAGAUCUCCUGGUGGGACUGAUUGUGAUACCAGUAACGACUCUAGCAUUACUGGAAUCAUGCUGGGGUUUUGGGGAAUAUUUCUGUGUGUUUCAAUUCUACAUUACUUUUUUAUGUACUUCUUUAUCUCUGGGCAAUUUGGUCUUGAUAUCUAUUGACCGCUAUGUUGCUGUGUGUGAUCCCUUAUUGUACCACUCUAAAACAACAACAACAAGAACUAUCUGUUGUAUAUCCAUCACCUGGUGUUGUUGUAUCAUAUACGUUGCUGUUAUUAUAAAAAAAGUUGUAAAUGUGCAGGUACUGCGUAUGUGUUUGACAGAAUGUGUUAUUGUUGAAGGAAUAACCUGGGUUAAUAUCAUUGACAUUGUAAUUACAAUGUUUGUCCCGUGUUCUAUUAUUAUAACACUUUAUAUGAAAAUCUUUGUGGUGGCCAGAUCACAGGCCAGAAAGGUAUUUUCAAAAGAGGCUGCCAGUGAUUUUCUGCCACUUGUUAAUUCCUUAAUUAAUCCAAUAGUUUAUGCUUUCUUUUAUCCAUGGUUCAAAGCUUCACUGAAAUGGAUCAUUACCACCAACCCAGGACUCUCGGCAUUUAACAACAUAGCACCCUCCAAACUCGAGACCCUUGGUCUCAACCCCGCCCGGUGCAACUGGGUCCUGAGGCUCCUGACGGGCUGCCCCCAGGUGGUGAGGACAGCCUCCAGCAAUGCAGCCAAGGAGUACAGCCUGCAGGGGUCACACGAGAGGGGGUCACACGAGAGGGGGUCACACGAGAGGGGGUCACACGAGAGGGGGUCACACGAGAGUCUUUUGAGCCCAUGCAAUUGUGCCAUGCUCCUCUCCCGUCUAUUGAAUGUCAAAGGUGGAUCCAAGAAGGGCUCUGCCUAUACUGUGGAGGGAAAGAUCAUCUACGCAGCCAUUGCCCUGUUCGCUCCCCGCAGAGAAAUGAGAAGUGUCUCUCCGCUGCCAUGCAGUUGUCUCAGCCUACCCUACAGAGCCACCACCAUUGAGGAAUCUGCCUCUGCAGUGCCAUUCGCCAUACCGUCUGAAUAUGCCCAGCACAGCAAUGUCUUCAGCAAAAUCAAGGCCUCCAUUCUGCCACCAAAUCGCCCAGGGGACUGUGCUAUUGACUUAGUCCCUGGAGUGUCCCCACCGAAGGGUCGUGUUUACCUGAUAUCUAUCCUGGAAAAUGAGGCAAUGGAGAACUACAUUGAUGAAACACUCAAACGGUUUCAUUCGACCUUCUUCCCGGCUGCGUCCAGCUUCUUCUUCGUUGGAAAAAAGGACAGUGGUCUCAGACCAUGUAUUGAUUAA